GCCGGCGGCCGUGCAGAAGCCGAGACGCCCGGCUGAGGGAGCGCGGCCAGGGCCGGGAUGCACGCCCCGCGCGGCGCUCCACGGCCCCCGCUCCGGGCUCCGGGCGCGACGAGGCUUCAUGGGACGUAGCGGCGGCGGCGGCGGGGAAGGCAGCGGCGCGGGGGGCCCGGGGCCGGGGCUCCGGGCGCACCUCGGGGCGCUGCUCCGCGCGCCGCCCCGCGCGCCGCUGCUGCUCUCUGUGCUUCUGCUCGGCACCUACUUUUUCUAUUGCCUGUCCGGCCCCUGCGCCGCUGCCCGCCCCCCGUCGCAGCCUGCCGCUCCCCCAGCCACCCGCACCCCGCAGUCGCCGUCCCGGGCGCCGCGGCCCGGACGCCUCCUCUCAGCAGAGGCAGCUGAGUCUGAGGAACCCCCAGAGCCCGAGACGGAGCGCGGCGGGGCUGGGGCUCCCCGAAGCCCGGGGACACCCGGCGGGGGCGGGCUGCCCCUGGCCAGCAGUUUCGGCAGCCGGCGCUUUCCGCAGGCGCUCAUCGUGGGCGUGAAGAAGGGUGGCACGCGAGCCUUGCUCGAGUUUCUGAGGGUACACCCCGACGUCCGAGCUCUCGGCGCAGAGCCCCACUUCUUCGACAGGUGCUACAACAAGGGGCUCGCCUGGUACAGAAGCCUGAUGCCACGGACACUGGAUGGCCAAAUCACCAUGGAGAAGACCCCCAGCUACUUUGUGACAAAGGAGGCCCCUCGGCGCAUACAUAACAUGUCCCAGGACACCAAACUGAUCGUAGUCGUACGAAACCCUGUUACCCGGGCCAUUUCGGAUUACACUCAGACGCUGUCCAAGAACCCAUCCAUUCCGAGCUUCCAGGCACUGGCCUUCCGAAAUGGCAGUUCUGGGCUGGUCGAUACUGCAUGGAGUGCUGUGCGCAUUGGCAUUUACGCUAAGCACCUGGACAACUGGCUGCAGUACUUCCCUCUGUCCCACUUCCUGUUCGUGAGCGGUGAGAGGCUGGUGAGCGACCCAGCUGGGGAGAUGGGCCGAGUGCAAGAUUUCCUGGGCCUCAAGAGGGUUGUGACAGACAAGCACUUCUAUUUCAAUGAGACCAAAGGCUUCCCUUGCUUGAAGAAGCCAGAAGGCAGCAGCCGCCCUCGAUGCCUCGGCAAGUCCAAGGGCCGACCCCACCCCCACAUCGAGGAGCAUGUGGUCCAGCGCCUGCGAGAGUUUUAUCGACCCUUCAACCUCAAGUUCUACCAGAUGACUGGGCAGGACUUUGGGUGGGACUGACCCAGACUACGGGUACCCUGAUGGUAGUGGGGUGGGGUGGGGUGUGGAGCCCCCGAGCCAGGGCAGGGGCUGCCAAGAGCAAUGAGGGUCACAGCCAAGACAAGGGAAAGAUCUCAGAAGACACCCAUCUGGGCCUUGGACUUGAGGCUAGUACCAGGCUUUGGAAAAUUUGACAAUGGUUCUAAUUUAUAUCUGCUCUCCUAGUAGAGAGCAAGCAAUUGUACACUUACUGAGUAGAGAGAGAUAUUUAAGAAAUAAAACAGUCAGAUAAAUAUUCUUCCACAUAAA